CCUAAGCGCCGACUCCAUUCAGACCCUUCUCUUCUCUCCUCAGCUUCGAUCGACGCCUCUCCUUCGCCUGUUCCCUCUAUUCCCUUCCUUGUGCAUUCCGCCACUCGUCGACGUUCCUGGUAGCCGCUGAUCGCUUCUUCUUCUUCCGUUUCCGUGGUGUAGCUGCUGUGAGCUCUGGGAAAAUACAAAAAUCUCUUGGAGGAGUGUACAUAAUGUCUUUCUCAAGCUUGUGUAGACGGGUGGGCCUGAAGGAUCUCAUCGCAAAUGCUACUGUAUACACCGGGGCUACUGAGGCAUCUGGCGGCGGACUAAACUUGGUCUUCAGACGCUGGGCCACGAAAAAGUCUGCAGGAUCAACAAAAAAUGGGCGCGACUCAAACCCCAAAUACCUUGGCGUGAAGAAGUUUGGAGGAGAGAAGGUGAUUCCUGGCAAUAUAAUCGUUCGUCAACGAGGUACUCGGUUCCACCCUGGAGAUUACGUUGGAAUGGGAAAGGAUCAUACUCUGUACGCGCUGAAAGAAGGCCAAGUCCGGUUUGAGCGCAAUAAGCUUAGCGGCCGGAAGUGGGUGCAUGUUGAUCCAAAAGAUGGCCAUAUUCUUCACCCCAUCUACACUAAAGCCGAUCAACCUUCCGGCCAGUUAUGCUAGCGACAAUGAAGCACACAUUCAACGAAAGUAUCAACUCUACAUUUUUUUUGUGUGUUUGCCAUGAUAUAUUAAUGUUUGAAUAAUUUGAAAAUUGCCUUUAAAUUCAUAGAUGAAACCCUAAAGGCACAAACUGUUGAGGGGAUCGUUGGCAGCAAAAAACUGUUCGAGAAAAAUCAUUCAAUCAUGAUGAAUUGAAUGCUUUUGUUUGAUUCAA